AUGCCUAGAGACGAUUUGUCCAUCGAUUUCGUCAAGAGGAUGCCGCAGGCCGAGGCUCUCGACCCGGCUAUCAUCCUCGACGACUGGAUCAACCGUGUUCAGAACCUCCCCGAGGAGAUUCGGUUCCUGCAAGAUGAGAUCGCCGAUAAAGAUCGCCAGUAUUUUGACUGUGUCAAGUUGAUUGAGGAUCGUGAUGGCAAGAUACAAAAAUGGAUCAAGGCUAACGGCAGCCACGAAACAAAUCCUCGUGAAGAGGGCAUGAGGUCGCAGAUGCGCGAGAACUUUAUGCGAGCCGACCAGCUCGCCACCGAGAAGAUUGCUUUAACUCAGAAGUUGCAGCUGAUCAUGGACAAGCACCUGCGGAACCUCGACCAACACAUCAAGAUGCUCUAUGACCGCGCAGAACCCGGCUUUAACGACCCCGACGAGUGUCCGUCGCUGCUUCGUCCGAGCGCCGCAAACCACUCAGCCCCGUCCGCUCGGUCCGUAAACCCUGCGAGCCACUUGGCCGGCACCGCCAUCACUGCCACUCCUCUUAACCCGAUCGUCAACUCGGCCACCCCCUCUGCGGUUCGAACCGGAAACCCACAAAUUCGGAAUACCUUAACCCAACAACAUGCUUCUUCUGCGCCGGCGACGCCAGCCGCUAGUAUGAUACUUAAUCGUCAGGCGAGGGAAAGCUCAGCGGGGCCGGGGAGCGGCGUCCCAAAAAGGGGACCAAGAUCCAAUACUGGGCUGGGCACCUUACCGACAACAUCUAGUGGAUUGGCAAGGCAUUCGUCGCUGGGACCGGGGACACCAAAAGGCACUCCAGGCACGGGUCCAGGUGGUACUGUGCGGGCUGGCAGCGCCGGACCCAGGUCGUCAUCUACAAAGGCAUCUAGUGUAACAGGCAUCAGGAAAGGGACGCCUGGCGCAACACAUCGGAAGAAGGGCACUCUCGGGAACGGGAACAAGUCAUCCUUGUCCCGUGUAAAAAAGGCAGGAAGUCGCAACUCUCCAGCAUCCACGGCAGAUAGUGAGCUGUCUGAUGCUGAGAGCGGCAGUGGUGAUGAUGGUGAACGUAGCCGGAUUGAUCGUACCAGCGGCACCCCAGCGCGCGACGGCAAGGACGGCGAUGGUGACGACAGCAUGCUGGACGCAGAAGACGAUGAAGCAGGUGACGACAAGAAGUACUGCACAUGUCAGAACGUCAGUUUUGGAGACAUGGUUGCAUGCGACAACGAAGAUUGCCCUUAUGAGUGGUUUCAUUGGUCGUGUGUCGGUCUCAAAAGCGAGCCCAACGGGACAUGGUUUUGUCCAGUAUGUACGGAGAACAUGGAGAAGGAAAGGCUGCAAAAGAAGAAAUAA